CAACAAAUGCUCUACAGGGAGAAUGAACAGUUUGUGAGUCCCUGCGACCAAGACAAGACAAGGGAAAGAAAUGUAAGUGUAGCCCGUAGGCAUCCUAGUGAAAAGCUAAGUUAAGGGCUCAAAAGUCCAUGUGAAAGACCUGGCCUUGUUUCGUGAUUCUUUUUCAGUUUUUUUUGUUCACCCCUUACUAGAACUUCAACAUAGAAAUAGUCAAAAAGUACCCAGGUUCUGGUCCCUUCUCCAGUAAUGGCAUCAUCCAUUCAUUGGGUGCAAAUUUAAGAAACAAAAGGAAAAGAAAUGGUGAUGGGUAGAGUUAGAAAUUGGUGGAACCAUUCAAAAACUGUUGCUUUUAUCUGGUUCUUCUCUCUCGCUUUGUUUUACUCUCUCUUCCAAAUGGCCCUCCAGAAUUCCACUUCCCCUUCUUCAGAUUCUGGUAUUUCAAAUAACCAACGAAGAUCAAUCAUGUAUGAUAAAAUGGCAAGGGAUUUGGAUGAGCGUGGAGCAGCUUUUCUGAAACACGGUGAAACUUCUCAAUCAUUGUCACUUUCAGAUCUCUUUACUUUGAAAGAUGGAUCUGUAAGACCUGUACUUAAGGCAGUAAAUCCUCCUGUACGAGCCAACGUUUUGUAUAUGAGCACAGAAUACUCAGUGCCCAUCUCGGAGGCUGUAAAACAAGUAUUUGAUCCAUACUUUGAUAAAGCGAUCUGGUUUCAGAACUCUAGUUUGUACCAUUUCAGCAUGUUCCAUGCCUCGCAUCAUAUUGCACCUGUCCCUGCCUCUGAAGUUGAGAUUGAAGCUGAAGCAGCUGCUGUUAGAGCUGUUGCAGAGGGGCUAUGCCCUUUAGAAAUUGUCUUAGACAGGGUAAUUUUAACUUCAACUGGUGUGCUUCUUGGUUGCUGGCAGGUAAUCUCUGGAACAGAUCCCAUAAGCAUUCGUGCUAUGUUGAGAACUGCACUUCCACGAGCACCAGGGAAGCAACUGUAUGAUGCUGCUAUUCUUCACACAUCUUUUGCACGGCUUCUGGGUCAUCCUAAAGCUUCACUCAUGGACCCUGAUAAUACUUCAAAGCAGCUUGAACUCUUCCAUAAACUAGUCACUCAACUAAACAAUAAAAUCCAUGGAUUUAAGGCGGUGGUGUCUCAACUGUGGUAUGUGGAGGAAUACGAUGUAUUGGCCCUUGCCUUGAAUGGAAGGAUGAAGGUGCGUAGGUUCCAGCUGGGUUGCUCAUGAGCCUCAGCCCUGAGGUUCCAAGUUCAGAUGCACAUUUCUUCUUUGACAGUAAUUUAAUUUGCGCUAUACUUACUAUGUAUAAACUUGAAAGGCAACCCUCCCUAUAGUUGUAGUGUCUAUAGAUAUUGGCAGAUACCAGACUCCAUUUGUACAAUUCAUGGUUUUGAGUGAUGUUGCACUCUGCCACAAGAUUUAAUCAUAAUUUCAAAUCUCUCAA